GCGUCUUCCACUCACCCUUCUAUCCCAAUAUUUCCCACUAGUAUCUCAAUACACGUCCUACAGCAAGUUCCAAUCAUGUCGGUUAUCCUGUAUCGUUACGACGGUUCUCCCUUCGGUGCCAAAGUCGAGAGCAUGCUCGCAGUCAAGCGACUUCCUGCGGCCCAUGUCGAUGUCGCCCCUCUUCUUCCUCGUCCCGAAUUAUCGGAGCUUCUGGGCCUCGGCUAUCGCAGAAUUCCUGUCUUGGCCAUUGGCAGGGACCUGUACUGUGAUACCAGCCUCAUCGCCUCCGUUAUCGAGCGACGCUUCCCCGCGAGCGCGGGUUACGGUACACUAUUCCCGAAGAGGAGAGAUGGGUCGACGACCGAUACCGGCCUCGUCAAGGCCUUUGCCCAAUUCUACGCCGACAGUGCGCUGUUCCCGACCGCUGUUCCUUUCGUCCCGUGGGACAAGGUUCCCGCUGCCUUUCUAGCGGACAGAAGCAAAGCAAGUACUUCGACGAACACCCUCAUCGAAGAGCAACUCCAAGACGGUCGUCAAUGGCUCUUCGACACUGAGACGCCUGGCCUGGCCGAUCUGUCCGUCUUCUUCGUUCUCAACUGGGCCCGUUCGCUACCGGGGACGACUGAAUUGUUCGGCGACAAGGCGAAGUUUGCGAAGACGCUAGAGUGGCUUCGCAAUGUGCAUAAGCACAUCCAGAAUCAACAAGCUGCGCUCCUGAAGACGGAGAAGGUGUCUGGCAAGGAGGCAGCGCAGCGCAUUGCUUCUGCAUCGGUCGAGCGAGAGCAGCCGCCGUUCGACGAGAAGACUGCCGCAUUGCUCGGCGUCAAGCGCGGUGAGCCCGUGGCUGUUAUCCCCGAGGACAAUUCGCGCGACUACCCGACGAAGGGAUUGUUGGUGGGUCUGAGCGACGAGGAAGUUGUGCUGGAGAUCAAGGGGAAGGCAGGUACUUUCCUCUGCCACUUCCCGCGUUUGAGGUAUGCGGUGGUAGCUGGGAAGGCAAAGGAGGCGAAGCUUUAGCGUAAUGCUGCAAUGUUAUACCCUUUAUUGGACCACUG